AUAAACCUCACAACAUAAAUAUACUUAAAUAAAUCAUCACUCUCUUGUCUCCUUUUCAUAAGAGUCAAACAAACUAAACCAAUUUCUCUCAAUCUCUCUUUCUAUUACGGAGUACCAAGUAAAGAAGUCGGAGUGAUGGGUGACAAAAGAGCAACUCCGACGGCAGUCAAACAACUGUCGCGAUGGAUUCGAAGCCGAUCUGUGAGACAACUAGUUACUAUGGCGUCGAUUGCAGCAUUCAUAUUCUUGAUUUUACUCAAACUUUUCGUCAAAAAUUAUACUUAUUUUUAUAUUGCUGCUCAACUUGCUCAUUCUAUUGGGAUUUUAGUCUUGAUUUACAAACUCACCAUCACCAAAACUUGUUCUGGCUUAUCAUUAAAGACUCAGGAGCUUACUGCGAUAUACCUAAUCAUAAGGCUCGUGAGUCAUUUUACGUUCACACGCGAUAUUUACAUUGUACUUGAUUCUAUAACCCUGGUUUCUACUCUCUGGGUUAUAUAUAUGAUACGAUUCAAGUUGAAGAACACCUACUUGAAAGAGCUUGACAACAUGCCUUUAUAUUAUGUGCUGGUGCCUUGUUUAAUUAUUGCUGUUAUAGGCAAUCCUGGAUCUGGAAUCAUCGGGCUGCUAUAUAUGUUUAGUAAGACGAUUGAAGCCAUUUCAGUGCUUCCUCAGCUGCGCUUAAUACAAAAUGCUAAGGUGGUUGAACCCUUUACUGCGCAUUACGUCUUUGCCCUAGGUGUUGCAAGAUUCUUCUCAUGUGCAAACUGGAUAUACAUGAUUAUUGACACCAAAGGAGCAAUAUUGACUGGAAUAGGGAGAGGACAACUUUAUCUGAUCGUAAUUCUUCUUGCUGAGGUGGUUCAAACCUUCAUCUUGACAGAUUUCUGCUAUUACUACAUUAAGAGUGUAGUGGAGGGACAAAGCAUGAUGCGUCUACCUUCAAUGGUCUGAGCCCGGGAUAAGUUUUUGGGAGCUGCAGCCAUAAUUCUCUUCAUGAAGAUGCUUAAGUUAGUGAAAUGCUUGCCUACUGCCCAUCUUUACAUAUCGACAAACGGACCCUUGUAUUUUAGGAAGAUUGAGCAUCCAAUUUGUGUAAAGUACUCUACAUGAGUAGUACAUGUCAAGAAUUAGGGUAAUUGAGGUUCCAUCUCGGCUGGAAGCAGCCCUGCAUAUUAGAAAUAAAAAAGUGCACUUCUGAAUUAUCGGUUGGUAUAUAGUCUAGUCUUAUUACUCCCCCUUGCUCUCUAUAAGAAUAAAGUCUAUCAGAUGCAUUUAUCCUUACAUUAA